GUUGCUGUUCUCUACUUCAGUCAUCAUCUCUCCCACUUGCCACACUCGAUUAAUGCAUCGAUAAGCACACCGUAAUCUCUUUCAUACUUUCACUCACACCCUUCUGUCCUUGAGCCAUUUUCCUGCUUUUGAACCCACCUGCAAAUUUAUCURUCUGCCCAGAAAACUCCAAGGUACUUAGAGAAAGCCUAUGAAAAGGAGAAAUGGGUUUUCUGUAGAAAAGCUUGUAGCUUUUGAUUUGUUGCUAAAUCUGCCUAUCUUUGUCCUUAAUCCUUAUAUUUAGAAGUAAAAGUGAGUUUUGAGAAGUGGGUCUUCUUUAUUUCUUUAUUGUCUCUGCGUGGGAACAAUGACGAUUGAGCUCCAUUCCUAGGAGACUUCAGAACUUUUACUGCUGGUAGUGAAGUUCGUUUCGCGCAGAGAUGAUUCAGUUACUGUUCCUGGUUCUUUUUGCCGAAGGCAUUGUGGCAUUUCUUCUCAUGGUGAAGAUCGGGCCGUUGAGAGAGUUGGUAAUGAAGGCCCUCGACCAGCUGAAGACAGGAAAGGGCCCAGCCACUGUAAAAACCAUUGCUGGCACGAUGUCGGUCAUCCUUGCAUCUAGCAUUACCAGCCUCCUUAAGAUCCAGAACAGGGGAACAAAGCUCGGUACAGUGACACCUAUGGAUCAGGUCCUUUGGAGAACUCACCUAUUAGAGGCUUCGCUCAUGGGCUACUCCCUAUUUCUUGGAUUUGUAAUUGAUCGCUUACAUCACUAUCUUCAAAAGCUCGGAGGGUUGAGGACCACAGCUCGGUAUUCCAAACAGGAAGUUGAGAAGCUUCAUAAAGACCACCUGCAGCUCAAAGAGAAAGAAGUGAAAGCUUCCGAGGAAAUAAAGUUGCUUCAGGAGGAAAUCUCUAGUCUGAAAGAAAAUAUAAAGAAGCUAAAAUUAGAAUGUGAAGAGAAGGAUAAACAAGUACAAUCUGCAGAAGCUCAUGUCACUGCACUUCAGAAACAAGCUGAGGACCUACUUCUUGAAUAUGACCGCCUAUUGGAGGACAAUCAGAACCUUCAAGCCCAGGCUCUAGGAUAUAGAGGUUGAGACACUGUUGGAGGUUCAACCACUUWAGAAUGGGGUUCAAGUUUGGGUGCUGAUAGUUUAGAUAAAAUUUCUCCCUGUUCACGUUGAAAUUUAUACAGAAAGCAUUUACGGGGGCUAUUUWGGAGGUUACAGGGUGAUUCCUUCUGCAAAAGGUCAUUGAAAAAUUUUGUAAUCUUUGUUGAGUCUAGGAAGCUUUUCUUGCUUUUGUUUUUCUUCUUUUCACCCCCCUCCCCUCACUCUUUUUGAAAUUGAGCUGAUUUUGGGCCAGAGAAUAGAAAAUCCAAUGAGACUUGUAAGAAACCAUAAUCCUUUUCUCCAGGUAGAUGAAACAUGGUGGGCCUGUCUAGAUGUACUAUUUAAAGGYGAGGAAUGAAUGUAUGUGGACGUUUGUGGCCUGCCUCUUCAUGUGGUGUUUUAUUAGUUCAAAUGAAAUAGUGAGAUGGCCAAUUUCAUUA